AUGUUGAGUUUUAACAAGCAACAAGACUGGAUUUUUCCGGUAGCUCUGCUUCUAGCGACGGUCGUAAUUCCCACACGGGCUGCCGGUAAUCUCGCCGGCAAGCUUGCCGGAGCUUGCAAUCUUUACCAGGGCCAAUGGGUACUCGACCCAUCAAACACUCUCUAUACCGGCUGCCCGUUUAUCGACCCGGAAUUCGAUUGCAUCAAAUUCGGGCGACCUGAUAAAACCUUUCUUAACUAUGCCUGGAGACCAGAUUCUUGCAACUUGCCCAGGUUUGAUGGGCUGGAUUUUCUGAGGAGAUGGAUGGGGAAGAAAAUAAUGUUUGUGGGUGACUCACUGAGUCUGAAUCAGUGGGAGAGUCUAGUCUGUAUGAUUCAUGCUGCUGUCCCUGAUUCUAAAUACAAUUAUGUCAGGCAUGAUUCAAUUCCUCAAGUCACAUUCCAGGACUAUGGGGUUACCAUAUAUUAUUACCGCUCACCAUACUUGGUAGACAUAACGAGCGAGGACAUUGGGCCGGUGUUGAAUUUGGGCUCGAUCAUACAAGGCCGUAACUGGAUAGGAAUGGACAUGCUCGUGUUCAACACGUGGCAUUGGUGGACUCACAAGGGAAAAGCCCAAUCAUGGCAAUAUAUAAGGGACGGGACAACCUUGUCCAUAGACAUGGACCGCCACGUGGCAUUCUACAAAGGCUUGACCACAUGGGCUAGAUGGGUUGACUCUAAUGUUGACCCAACCAAAACCAAAGUCUUCUUUCAAGGGAUUUCUCCUACUCACUACCAGGCUAGAGACUGGAAAUCAGUAUCGAGGGACUGCUCGGGUGAACAAACCCCAUUGUCUGGAUCGACAUAUCCAGCAGGGACACCGGAAGAAGUUCAGAUCGUUAACAAAGUACUAAGCACGGUGAAAACACCCGUGACUUUGCUCGAUAUUACGACUUUAUCCCAGCUGAGAAAAGAUGCUCACCCGUCAGUUUAUGGCGGGAACCCCACAGGAGUCGACUGUAGCCAUUGGUGCCUCCCUGGGCUGCCCGAUACAUGGAACCAGCUCAUGUAUGCAUCUCUCUUAUAG